AUGCGGACACUCUCCUUUCCAUCUCGCGUGCGCGCCUCAAUUCUGCACACAAGCCGGAGGCCAGGUCAGCCGCUGCGAGCCCUGAGUCUAUGGCAUCCUCCCAAGUUCGAGAAUGAGAAGCCACUCAACUACGCAAAAGGCUCACCUGAGAGGGCCGAGUUGACGCAAGCCCUACAGAAAUUGAAGAAUGAGAUGCCCUUCAACAUCCCACUCACCAUCAAUGGCUCCACACUAACAAUCCAGACACAAACCAUCAAAUCCCAAGUCCAAAAGAACCCCUCACGCCACAACGAGGUCGUUGCCGAAUAUGCAUCCGCAACGCCCGAGCAGGUCAACACCGCCGUGGACGCAGCCCUCAAGGCCAAACCAGCCUGGGAGGCCAUGCCCUUCGAGGACCGCGCCGCCAUCUUCCUGCGCGCCUCUGAGCUCAUUGCAGGCAGAUACCGCUCUGAAAUCGUCGCUGCUACCAUGUUAGGCCAGGGAAAGAACAUUUGGCAAGCCGAGAUCGAUGCCGCCGCCGAGACAGUCGACUUCUUCCGCCACUACAUCCAAGAGUGCUGGUCACUCUUCGCGCAGCAGCCCAAAGUCCACCUGCCCGGCACCUGGAACAAGCUCGAAUACCGACCUUUGGAAGGAUUUGUCUACGCCAUCGCCCCGUUCAACUUCACUGCACUAGGCGCGACCCUCAUCGGCCCAGCCGCCCUCCUAGGCAACGUCGUUAUCUGGAAACCAUCCGACUCUGCCCUCCACGCCAGCUGGCUUUUGCACCAGAUUCUCCUCGAAGCCGGUCUCCCCAAAGACGUAAUCCAAUUCCUGCCCGGCGAUGCCGAACAAGUAACUAACACGAUCCUCCACCGCCCCGAAUUCGGCGCCCUCACCUUCAUCGGCUCCACGCAAGUCUUCAAAGGCCUGCAGAAGAAGAUCGGUAAUGCCAUCGGCGAGGGAAUCUACAACUCCUACCCACGUGUGAUCGGUGAAACUGGCGGCAAGAACUGGGGUCUCGUGCACCCCUCAGCGGACAUCACCAACGCAGCCCUGAACACCAUUCGCGGCGCGUUCGAAUACCAGGGCCAGAAAUGCUCCGCCAAUUCCCGCAUCUACGUCGCCGAAUCCGUCUGGCCUGCUUUCCAGCAAACGUUAAAGGACCAGCUCUCCCGCCUGUCUGUCGGCCCGGUCGACGAAUACGCCCACUUCAUUAACCCCGUCAUCCACGAACGCGCCUUCGACCGUCUUGCGGAGGUCAUUCAUGCCGCGCGCACCGAUCCCGAACUCGAACUCGUUGCUGGUGGCAUCGCCGACAAGAGUCAGGGAUACUACGUACACCCGACUGUAUACCGCACAACGAACCCGAAGCAUGAGAUCAUGUCCCGGGAACUGUUCGGCCCCAUUCUAGGCGUAUACGUGUACCCAGACAAUGAGUGGGAGGAAACGCUGAAGCUAGUGGACGGGACAUCGCGCUAUGCCUUGACGGGGAGUAUCUAUGCGAAGGACCCAUACGCGUCGCGACAGGCGCAGACAGCGCUGCGUCAUGCGGCGGGCAUGCUGUAUCUGAAUACGAAGUGUACGGGGUCGACGGUCGCGCAGCAGCCGUUUGGAGGAAGUCGAGACUCCGGAACGAAUGACAAGACGGGCACAAUGGCGCAUUUGCAGCGGUUCGUGAGUGUCAGGACGAUUAAGGAGGAGUUUGGGAGCUUGGAGGAGGUGGAGUAUCCUUCUAAUGUUGUGUGA